GAGGCUGGGCAGCCCAGCGGUCUCCUCAGCCCUGGGCCCUUGAGGUCCUUUCCCGGGCACCGUGGAGGGCUCUGGAGUCUCAGGGAUGGCGGCCUGGACCCCGGAACUGGGAGGUGUACUGACUUAGGGCCCUGAGGAGGGACGGGGAUGCCCGCCUGGAGCGAGUAGGCUCCUGUCUGAACUCUGCUAAAGGUGGUCGGUCGAGCUCUGUUAGGCCAACUCGGGACGGAUUCCUGCCAGACCCCUCGCCGUUCUUUUUGGAGACGGAUAUCUGCUCAGACAGUAAGAAUUACAAGAGCUCUCAGAUCUUACUUCAAAGGAAUAAUGGAUGAACCAUCUUCCUUGGCUGAACCUCUGGAGCUGAACCAGCACUCUCGAUUCAUAAUUGGUUCCGUGUCUGAAGAUAACUCAGAAGAUGAGAUCAGCAACUUGGCGAAGUUGGACCUACUGGAGGAGAAGGAGGGCUCUUUGUCACCAGCUUCUUGCAGCUCAGAUACACUCUCUGAUUUGGGAAUCUCCAGCUUACAGGAUGGUUUAGCCUCACACAUAAGGUCCAGUAUGUCUGGGUUGCACCUAGUAAAACAAGGUCGAGACCGGAAGAAAAUAGACUCACAGCGAGAUUUCACUGUGGCUUCUCCAGCAGAAUUUGUUACUCGUUUUGGGGGAAAUAAGGUGAUUGAGAAGGUUCUUAUUGCUAAUAAUGGCAUUGCAGCAGUGAAAUGCAUGAGAUCUAUCCGGCGGUGGUCUUAUGAAAUGUUUCGAAAUGAGCGUGCAAUUCGAUUUGUUGUCAUGGUCACACCUGAAGACCUUAAAGCAAAUGCAGAAUACAUUAAGAUGGCCGAUCAUUAUGUGCCAGUGCCUGGAGGACCAAACAACAACAACUAUGCAAAUGUGGAAUUAAUUCUUGACAUCGCUAAAAGGAUCCCAGUACAAGCAGUGUGGGCUGGUUGGGGUCAUGCUUCUGAGAAUCCCAAGCUCCCAGAACUUCUCUUGAAAAAUGGCAUUGCCUUCAUGGGUCCUCCAAGCCAGGCCAUGUGGGCUUUGGGGGAUAAGAUUGCGUCUUCCAUUGUAGCUCAGACUGCAGGUAUCCCAACUCUUCCCUGGAGUGGCAGUGGUCUUCGUGUGGACUGGCAGGAAAAUGAUUUUUCGAAACGUAUCUUAAAUGUUCCACAGGAACUCUAUGAAAAAGGUUAUGUGAAGGAUGUGGAUGAUGGGCUGAAGGCUGCAGAAGAAGUUGGAUAUCCAGUGAUGAUCAAGGCCUCAGAAGGAGGAGGAGGGAAGGGCAUCAGGAAAGUCAACAAUGCAGAUGAUUUUUCUAACCUCUUCAGACAGGUUCAAACUGAAGUCCCUGGAUCUCCUAUAUUUGUGAUGAGACUAGCCAAACAGUCUCGUCAUCUAGAGGUACAGAUCCUAGCAGAUCAGUAUGGCAAUGCCAUCUCUUUGUUUGGGCGGGACUGCUCUGUACAACGUAGGCAUCAGAAGAUUAUUGAAGAAGCACCUGCUGCUAUUGCUACUCCAGCAGUAUUUGAACACAUGGAACAGUGUGCGGUGAAACUUGCCAAAAUGGUUGGUUAUGUGAGUGCUGGAACUGUGGAAUAUUUGUACAGCCAGGAUGGCAGCUUCUACUUUCUGGAACUGAACCCUCGGCUACAGGUGGAGCACCCUUGUACAGAAAUGGUGGCUGAUGUCAAUCUUCCUGCAGCACAACUCCAGAUUGCCAUGGGGAUCCCUCUAUUUAGAAUCAAGGAUAUCCGGAUGAUGUAUGGGGUAUCUCCCUGGGGUGAUGCUCCUAUUGAUUUUGAAAAUUCUGCUCACGUUCCUUGCCCAAGGGGCCAUGUCAUUGCUGCCCGGAUCACUAGUGAAAAUCCAGAUGAGGGUUUUAAGCCCAGCUCAGGAACAGUUCAGGAACUAAAUUUCCGCAGCAACAAGAAUGUUUGGGGUUAUUUCAGUGUUGCUGCUGCAGGAGGACUUCAUGAAUUUGCUGAUUCUCAGUUUGGUCACUGCUUUUCCUGGGGAGAAAACAGAGAAGAAGCAAUUUCAAAUAUGGUGGUGGCUUUGAAGGAGCUCUCUAUUCGGGGUGAUUUUCGAACUACAGUUGAAUACCUGAUCAAAUUAUUAGAGACUGAAAGCUUUCAGUUGAAUAGAAUUGACACUGGUUGGCUGGACAGACUGAUAGCAGAAAAAGUACAGGCAGAACGACCUGACACCAUGUUGGGAGUUGUGUGUGGGGCUCUUCAUGUGGCAGAUGUGAGCCUGCGGAACAGCAUCUCUAACUUCCUUCACUCUUUAGAAAGGGGUCAAGUCCUACCUGCUCAUACACUUCUGAACACAGUCGAUGUUGAACUUAUCUACGAUGGAAUCAAGUAUGUACUUAAGGUAACUCGACAGUCUCCCAACUCCUAUGUGGUGAUCAUGAAUGGCUCAUGUGUGGAAGUAGAUGUCCACCGUCUGAGUGACGGAGGACUGCUCUUGUCCUAUGAUGGCAGUAGUUAUACCACAUACAUGAAGGAGGAAGUGGAUAGGUAUCGCAUCACGAUUGGCAAUAAGACCUGUGUGUUUGAGAAAGAAAAUGACCCAUCAGUGAUGCGCUCACCUUCUGCUGGAAAGUUAAUCAAGUACAUUGUGGAGGACGGAGGCCAUGUGUUUUCUGGCCAGUCCUAUGCUGAGAUUGAGGUAAUGAAGAUGGUGAUGACCUUAACAGCUGCAGAAUCUGGCUGCAUCCAUUAUGUCAAGCGACCUGGAGCAGCUCUUGACCCUGGCUGUGUAAUAGCCAAAAUGCAGUUGGACAACCCCAGCAAGGUUCAGCAGGCUGAGCUUCACACUGGUAGUCUGCCAUGGAUCCAGAGCACAGCACUUACAGGCGAGAAGCUCCAUCGAGUGUUCCACUGUGUCCUGGAUAAUCUGGUCAAUGUAAUGAAUGGAUACUGCCUUCCAGAUCCUUUCUUUAGCAGCAGGGUAAAAGACUGGGUUGAGCGGUUGAUGAAAACCCUCAGAGAUCCCUCCCUGCCUCUCCUAGAAUUGCAAGAUAUCAUGACCAGUGUCUCUGGCCGUAUCCCCCUCAAUGUGGAGAAGUCAAUCAAGAAGGAAAUGGCUCAGUAUGCUAGCAACAUCACAUCAGUUCUCUGUCAGUUUCCCAGCCAGCAGAUUGCCAACAUCCUAGAUAGUCAUGCAGCUACAUUGAACCGGAAAUCUGAACGAGAAGUUUUCUUUAUGAACACUCAGAGCAUUGUUCAGCUAGUGCAAAGAUACCGAAGUGGCAUCCGAGGCCACAUGAAGGCGGUGGUGAUGGAUCUGCUCCGGCAGUACCUGCGAGUAGAGACACAAUUCCAGAAUGGUCACUAUGACAAAUGUGUGUUUGCCCUUCGGGAAGAGAACAAAAGUGACAUGAACACUGUACUGAACUACAUCUUCUCUCAUGCUCAAGUCACCAAAAAGAAUCUUCUGGUCACAAUGCUUAUUGAUCAGUUAUGUGGCCGGGACCCUACUCUCACUGAUGAGCUGCUGACUAUCCUCACUGAACUAACUCAACUCAGUAAGACUACCAAUGCUAAAGUGGCACUUCGGGCCCGUCAGGUUCUUAUUGCCUCCCAUUUGCCAUCUUAUGAGCUUCGCCAUAACCAAGUAGAGUCUAUCUUCCUAUCAGCUAUUGACAUGUACGGACAUCAGUUUUGCAUUGAGAAUCUGCAGAAACUCAUCCUAUCUGAAACUUCUAUCUUUGAUGUCCUACCAAACUUCUUCUAUCACAGCAACCAGGUAGUGAGGAUGGCAGCUCUGGAGGUAUAUGUUCGAAGAGCUUAUAUUGCCUAUGAACUUAACAGUGUACAGCACCGCCAGCUUAAGGAUAAUACCUGUGUGGUGGAAUUUCAGUUUAUGCUACCCACGUCUCAUCCAAACAGAGGGAACAUCCCCACGCUAAACAGAAUGUCCUUCUCCUCCAACCUCAACCACUAUGGCAUGACUCAUGUAGCUAGUGUCAGCGAUGUGCUGUUGGACAACUCCUUCACUCCACCAUGUCAGCGAAUGGGUGGAAUGGUCUCUUUUCGAACUUUUGAAGAUUUUGUCAGGAUCUUUGAUGAAGUGAUGGGCUGCUUCUGUGACUCCCCACCCCAAAGCCCCACAUUUCCAGAGGCAGGCCAUACAUCUUUAUAUGAUGAAGACAAGGUCCCCAGGGAUGAACCAAUUCACAUUCUGAAUGUGGCCAUCAAGACUGACUGUGAUAUUGAGGAUGACAGUCUGGCAGCUAUGUUCAGAGAGUUUACCCAGCAAAAUAAAGCUACCCUGGUUGACCAUGGGAUUCGGCGCCUUACUUUCCUGGUUGCACAAAAGGAUUUCAGAAAACAAGUCAACUGUGAGGUGGAUCAGAGAUUUCAUAGAGAAUUCCCUAAAUUUUUUACGUUCCGAGCAAGAGAUAAGUUUGAAGAGGAUCGUAUCUAUCGUCACCUGGAGCCUGCUCUGGCUUUCCAAUUAGAGCUGAACCGGAUGAGAAAUUUUGACCUUACUGCCAUUCCUUGUGCUAAUCACAAGAUGCACCUGUAUCUUGGGGCAGCCAAGGUAGAAGUGGGCACAGAAGUGACAGACUACAGGUUCUUUGUUCGUGCAAUUAUCAGACAUUCUGAUCUGGUCACUAAGGAAGCUUCUUUUGAAUAUCUACAAAAUGAAGGGGAGCGGCUACUGCUGGAAGCCAUGGAUGAGUUAGAAGUUGCUUUUAAUAAUACAAAUGUCCGCACUGACUGUAACCACAUCUUCCUCAACUUCGUGCCCACAGUCAUCAUGGACCCAUCAAAGAUUGAGGAAUCUGUGCGGAGCAUGGUAAUGCGCUAUGGAAGCCGGUUGUGGAAAUUGCGCGUCCUCCAGGCAGAACUGAAAAUCAACAUUCGCCUGACACCAACUGGAAAAGCAAUUCCCAUCCGCCUCUUCCUGACAAACGAGUCUGGCUAUUACUUGGACAUCAGCCUAUACAAGGAAGUAACUGACUCCAGGACAGCACAGAUCAUGUUUCAGGCAUAUGGAGAUAAACAGGGACCGCUACAUGGAAUGUUAAUCAAUACUCCAUAUGUGACUAAAGACCUCCUUCAGUCAAAGAGAUUUCAGGCUCAGUCCUUAGGAACAACAUAUAUAUAUGAUAUUCCAGAGAUGUUUCGGCAGUCCCUGAUCAAACUCUGGGAAUCUAUGUCCACUCAAGCAUUCCUUCCAUCACCCCCUCUGCCUUCUGACAUGCUGACAUAUACUGAACUGGUGUUGGAUGAUCAAGGUCAGCUGGUCCACAUGAACAGGCUUCCAGGAGGAAAUGAGAUUGGCAUGGUAGCUUGGAAAAUGAUCCUGAAAAGUCCUGAAUAUCCAGAGGGCCGGGAUAUCAUUGUUAUUGGUAAUGACAUCACAUACCUAAUUGGGUCCUUUGGGCCCCAGGAGGAUUUGCUGUUUCUCAGAGCUUCUGAACUUGCCAGGGCAGAGGGUAUUCCACGCAUCUAUGUAGCAGCCAACAGUGGAGCAAGAAUUGGACUGGCAGAAGAAAUUCGCCAUAUGUUUCAUGUGGCCUGGGUAGAUCCUGAGGAUCCUUACAAGGGAUACAAGUAUUUAUAUCUGACCCCUCAAGAUUAUAAGAGAGUCAGUGCUCUCAACUCUGUCCACUGUGAACAUGUGGAGGAUGAAGGAGAAUCCAGGUACAAGAUAACAGAUAUUAUUGGGAAAGAAGAAGGGCUUGGAGCAGAGAACCUUCGAGGUUCAGGAAUAAUUGCUGGAGAAUCUUCAUUGGCCUAUGAUGAGAUCAUCACCAUCAGCCUGGUGACAUGCCGGGCCAUUGGAAUUGGGGCUUAUCUUGUUCGGCUGGGACAGAGAACCAUCCAGGUUGAGAACUCUCACUUAAUUUUGACAGGAGCUGGUGCCCUCAACAAAGUCCUUGGGCGGGAAGUAUAUACCUCCAAUAACCAGCUUGGGGGCAUCCAGAUCAUGCACAAUAAUGGAGUGACCCACAGCACUGUUUGUGAUGACUUUGAAGGAGUCUUCACUGUCUUGCACUGGCUGUCAUAUAUGCCUAAGAGUGUGCACAGUUCAGUUCCUCUCCUCAACUCCAAGGAUCCUAUAGACAGAAUCAUCGAGUUCGUCCCUACAAAGGCCCCUUAUGAUCCUCGGUGGAUGCUAGCAGGUCGUCCUCAUCCAACCCAGAAAGGUCAGUGGUUGAGUGGAUUUUUUGACUAUGGAUCUUUCUCAGAGAUUAUGCAGCCAUGGGCACAAACUGUGGUGGUUGGUAGAGCCAGGCUAGGAGGAAUACCUAUGGGUGUAGUUGCUGUAGAAACCCGAACAGUAGAACUAAGUAUCCCAGCUGAUCCAGCAAACCUGGAUUCUGAAGCCAAGAUAAUUCAGCAAGCUGGCCAGGUUUGGUUUCCAGACUCUGCAUUUAAGACCUAUCAGGCUAUCAAGGACUUCAACCGUGAAGGACUGCCUUUGAUGGUAUUUGCCAACUGGAGAGGCUUCUCUGGUGGGAUGAAAGAUAUGUAUGACCAAGUGCUGAAGUUUGGGGCUUACAUCGUGGAUGGCUUGCGGGAAUGCUCCCAGCCAGUGAUGGUUUACAUUCCUCCCCAGGCUGAGCUUCGGGGUGGCUCCUGGGUUGUGAUUGACCCCACCAUCAACCCUCGGCACAUGGAGAUGUAUGCUGACCGAGAAAGCAGGGGAUCAGUUCUGGAGCCAGAAGGGACAGUAGAAAUCAAAUUCCGCAAAAAGGAUCUGGUGAAAACCAUGCGUAGGGUGGACCCAGUCUACAUCCGCUUGGCUGAGCGAUUGGGCACCCCAGAGCUAAGCCCAGUGGAGCGGAAGGAGCUGGAGAACAAGCUGAAGGAGCGGGAGGAAUUCCUAAUUCCCAUUUACCAUCAGGUAGCCGUGCAGUUUGCUGACUUGCACGACACACCAGGCCGGAUGCAGGAGAAGGGUGUUAUUAAUGACAUCCUGGACUGGAAAACAUCCCGCACCUUCUUCUACUGGCGGCUGAGGCGUCUCCUGCUGGAGGACCUGGUCAAGAAGAAAAUCCACAAUGCUAACCCUGAGCUGACUGAUGGCCAGAUCCAGGCCAUGUUGAGGCGCUGGUUUGUGGAAGUGGAAGGAACAGUGAAGGCCUACGUUUGGGACAAUAAUAAAGAUCUGGUGGAGUGGCUGGAAAAGCAGCUGACAGAGGAAGAUGGUGUUCGCUCAGUAGUCGAGGAGAACAUCAAAUACAUCAGCAGAGACUACGUCCUCAAGCAGAUCCGCAGCUUGGUACAAGCCAAUCCAGAAGUUGCCAUGGAUUCCAUCGUCCAUAUGACCCAGCACAUCUCACCCACUCAGCGGGCAGAAAUUGUACGGAUCCUCUCCACAAUGGAUUCCCCUUCCACAUAGGAAGAGCUUCCUGCCCAUCCCUGCCCUGUCUCCAGAGUAAAGGGCUAGAGCUGCCUCUUAUGACUGAAAUCACUGUAAUAAGAAGGCACAGGAGAGCCAGCACUGGAGUCAAAGUGGCAUUUUGCUUCUUCUCAAGUGUUUCAGGUUAUGCAUGACAUCUUGGGAUAUAGGAUCACAAAGCCCCAGUCACACUACCCCUUCAGUAUUUAUUACCCCUACUGUGUCGACAGUCUUCCCUUCCUGCACAGGACUGAGAAGGCAAUGAAGGGUACAGGCAUGUACCAUGAAGUCUUACUGCACAAAAGCAGGGCUGCCCCUCCUAUCCUGUCAGCCCCCUGGCCCCGUAAGCCGCAGCCGCAGGCAGCAGAGGAGGGCUGAGGCCAAGGCACCUGGGAAACCUCAAGUCCAUCCUUAAGUGGAGAGGGAGGAAUCAGACCAAGGCAUGUGUUCAUGAAGAAAGAUAAGAGCAUGAAAUCUACUGCAGGUUCCAUGAAAAUUCAGAGAUGGGGGAAAACCAUGAUCUAGGAAGCAGAAAGAAGAUGAUAGGCCAAAUUAUUUUUGAUUUAGGGGGCUUAACCUCAUGUUAGCUUCAGUGCACAUGAACAAUAGCUGACCUACCACCACCCAGCUUGCCGAUGCUUGACUGACUCACCCAGGAGCCACAAGGCAAUGCCACAGGCCGAGGGGGCAGAGAAGCAGCCAGAGGGAACUGCUCUUUCUACCACUAAUGGAGCAAGCCAAGGAGAAGAAAAAUCCUUUUUAGGACCUGGAAGACUGUUGUCAUUUAGAAGCCUGGACCACUGACAGUUAUGAGGGAGAGAAUCACAGUGCCUAGAGUUGCCCAUCUCUGAUUCCAGGGCAGCUGUCCUGGCAGCUGCCAUUCCUGAUCUCUGGGCCCUGCCUCUCCCCUGAGUGCAAGUGGCAGGUCUCCCCAUAGCCACCAAAAGCAGCCUGGUGACAGCUGUGUUCUCAGCACCAGGGAUGGGCCUUCCUGGUGUGCCGAGGAUUCCAGGGAACACAAGACUCCACAUGACCUUAAAACCCCUAGACCCAGUUAUGGUGCUCCUGUCUUCCAGGCUUUCUGGUCCCUACUCAAUCAGCAGCAGGGGCCUCCUUAGGAGUGGUGGAGAGAGCUUAUUUUCAACAGCCAGUUUAUCCAAGAAAAGAGCCUCCUGAUUGCCUCAUUGGUAUUCCUAAAGGAAGAGUGGCAGGUGAUGAGGGCUGGUGUGGCAUCCUGUUCCUACAGUGCAGCUAAUUGUAUUUGUCACUGAUGCCCGAGGAGGAAAUCACUAAGAUGAUGUAGAAGCAGGGUAUGAAUACUUUUAUACAAACUACAGUUUUGAGCCUUAACUCUGUAGUUCACACACAGGAAAAACUUUCACCUCCCCUUCUUCCAAAGCACCUGUCCAGAUGGAGUGGCGGGACUUCUCAGCAGUUCUGGAUCACAGGUGGACACUAUGGGGCUGGAGCACACUGACCAACCCCAGGAGUUGGGGCUGCUGGCUUCCCUGGUGCAAAGUACAGGCACUUGACACCUUCAAAGAAGGGCAGAGAAAGGUGGAGAAAAUUCUCAGUCAAGGAAGAAACUUUCCCUGCUGCUAGUUAUUUGCUUACCUAGUAGGUAAGAAUUGGCCCAUCUCUGACCAGAUUACUCCUCCACACUUUUCUGCAAUCAAAUUUUCACACACACACACACACACACACACACACACACACACACACACACACCCUAGAUGAUACAAAAUCAUUUAGUCCCCAGGAGACCUGGCGUUUCUUCAGAGGUAGGGUAGGUUAUGUUCUCCCUUCCUUACCAAAUUAUGACACAUUAAGCCAGUUUCCUCUCUAGAACCCUAUAGUGCCUAUACCUGCAACUACAGGACAGAAAUUUUUCAUACGGAGAAGUCAAAGAGCCACAGAACAUGAGUAGUCUGAUCAUCCCACAGCCCAUUACACUUCCGAGGUUACUGAGGCAGGAGGAGGGUAAAUGAUGUAUUGACCAAAACUUUAUUGAACUGAGAUUGCCAUGUUAUCUGUCCACUUUGUUCACAAAGCAGCCUUCAUUCGUCAAAGUGAGAAUUUGAUGGACACAUACUCCAAUGAGCACGGAGCUUCAGUCAAAUUUACUCCUUUCACAUUUUGUUAAAAUAAACCGCCACAUUUGUAGAAGAGCUACAGUUUGUCAUUUGAACCCAUGCCCACCCACCCACCCUCUCAAUCUCUUGUUCCACUUUCAGCAGGGGCUCAGUCCCCUGAACUCAAAUAAGAAAGGACAAGGAGGCUAUAGAAAGUUGGCCUUGGUUGCCCUGACCUAUUGGCUAAAUCAAGGUAAAAUUCUGCAAGGCCACCAGUGCUCUGGAACCCCCACAGGUGAGCCUCAGUCACUUAAGUUUCUGUUGUGUGUUUCCACCGAAAAAUGUAUCUGCUGGUUAGGCAUACUGGUAGGGUGGCCCCUCAGAAUAGGUUUAGAGCAAGAACAAGAAAAGUCACAGGUAAGAAGGAACUCUUCUGUUCCGUGAAGAUAACUGGGCCAGAGUCCCCCCUCAUCCCUGAGGAAAGCCACCUAGUCAUUGAAGUCCUGAGCUUGCCGUCUUUCUGAGAAAUCUCUGACCAUAUGCAGGAAGUUGUGAACCUUCUGAUAAACUGGGGCUACCUUGCCCUUGUUAGAGACUUAAGGGAAAAACCUCAGAUUUUCUUAAUACUUCCACUAAUGGAUUUUAAAGUCUGGGCAUGUAAGGCACUAGACCUGAAUCUGCAGCCCUCUGACCCAGUUUCCUCCCCCUGAGGAAGUUUAUGAGUUCAUAUAGUUGAAGCAGGGAUAAGCACCAGUCCCUGACCACCUCCAAAGAAAGGUACAGGCUACAAGAAGGGUGAGAGGGGAACCACUGGCUUUGGCUGAUGAUUACACUGACAUAGGUCCCAUGUUUGUCUCUGGGAUCCAUAGCAAAGGAGGGUAGCUUUCUCUAAAAUGAAAUCAAAUGUUAAGUUACAAAAACACCAGGUUGAAUAACUGUAAGCCAGAUGUUCUAGAGAGGACCAAGAAAGGAAAUACAGGAUCUAGUGGGAAAAUUGCUUCUCUUUGCUUCUAGCUGCUGCAAUCUGUGGGCAGGGAAUCGAUGCCUCCACUCUUCUCCCUAAACAGGCAGGGGAGAGCCAGUACCUGUUGAUGGUUCUGGGGAAAAGUCCUCAAGAUUAGUGGAGAAAGACUGCUUCCACCUCUGGGAACCCACCUAACUAGUUCAGGGCUUUCUUCUGUUGGGGACUGACACUUCCUUCACCAAUCUUUGUGGGUUUUGUUUUUGAGACUGGGCCUUGCUAUGUAGUUCAGGCUGGCUUUGAACUCAGUGUGUAGCCCAGGCUCACCUCAAACUUGAGGAAAUCCUCCUACUUCAGCCUCCUGAGUGCUAGGAUUACAGGCAUGUGCCACCACACCCUGCCACCAAUCAUUUUAAUGAGCAAAAAUGUAAAGCCCCCAUUGAUAAUAAGGAAAAGACUGGACAUCAAGGGUUCCGUGAUCUUUUCCUAUGCCACCUCUCACUCCCUAGCUAAAACACAGUAGCACUAAUGAAUGCAAAUGACCACCUAAGGAGAAUCACCUUGUGCUCUUUUCUGUGUGCAUGGCUGGUGGUAGACCCCAGUGAGAGGUCCAGAGAGGUCCUGAGCUGGGAGGUAAACCAUUCCAACACAGGACCUGGACAAAUGACAAUUGAGUGAUUUGACUUAGCCAGACCCUGGCUCAUAAGGUGGGGGGCCGGGGGCCGGGGCUGUAGCUCAGCACAAAGGCUGUGGGCUCAAUUUCCAGUGUGGUGAAAAAUCAUAGACAAAAUUCCAGGCCUGGUGGCACUGUCAGUAACAAUAGUAACUUAGUGGGCAACAUGGGGAAAACCUCUGCUCAGCUAGCCUGCUGCUGUGGUCCUGGUUGGCUUAAGCAGUUGACCAGCAGCUACCCAGAAAGUUAACAAAAAAUGGGAAGUGAGACAGCCAUAGGGGGUUUUGGUAAACUCCACACAUCCUCAGAGACUAAUUGUGAACCUCUGGGCACAUGAAGAAAAAUACAAGACAAAAGCCAGAACUCCCUAAGUUUUGAACUACCCCCCCCACACACACACAAAUAGACAACAGAAGUGGAAGCCUUACUGGCUCAGAGCUCAUCUGUCUGUUGAGUGGCCAGCUCUUGGGCACAAAGUAAUCCCUGUGAAGCUAAACAAAAAUAACAUUUUAAAA